AUGACUCCUGCGGCUGGGGAGUACAGGUCGAGGGAUGCCUCCGUACUCGAGGAGCUAUUCCGCUCGUACAGGGAUCCGAACCUCGGCUCCUCCGGGUCCGGGGAUAGCAAAAACGAAAGGAACGAUCACCUAAGCAGCAGCCAACAACGCGUUUGGAGCCCCGCUGAUAGCAGCGAGACUGAGGCUGAGAGCUGGGCGGCUAGUGGCAAUGGCAACGCAGACAGCAGCAACGCUAACCAUCCUCGCCAUUGCCGCAGCCUGUCUGUGGACAGCAUCAUGAGCAAUCUCAACUUUGGAGGCCCGGGCCAGGUUUCUCUGAGACUGCCGCCUCCGUCUCCGGUGGCAGUCGCCGGUGGCAGCCUCUCGCGCACUGGAACCGGAGCAUCGGGCGGUGCGGUUGCGACUGCUUCUUAUGAACUUAUCAACGGAGAGUUCACCGAGUCUGAGAUGAAGAAGAUCAUGGCCAAUGAUCGCCUCGCUGAGAUCGCACUUGCUGAUCCUAAGAGGGUCAAGAGGAUUCUAGCUAAUCGGAUCUCGGCAGCAAAGUCUAAGGAGCGCAAGGUGAAGUACAUGGGUGCGCUUGAGCGUAAGGUUCGUGUGCUGCAGAUGGAAACUAGUACAUUAUCUUCGAAAGCAGCAUCGUCGCAGAGGGAAUGUGAGGCACUUAAAACUAUGAACAAUGAGAUGAAGAUCAGGCUGCAAGCAAUGGAGCAGCAAGCACAGCUGAAAAAUGUUUCCCUGAAACAUAUUUUAUAUCCUUCAGAAGAAGCUCUGAAUGAAGCACUGACUGCUGAAGUCCAGCGCCUGAAACAAAUUGCUGGUGAGGCCAGUGAUCCUCAUGUGCCGAACGGUUCACAUCAUCAUAUGAACCGCCAGAUUCUCGAACAGCAGCUGCUGCAGCUACAGCAGAAGCAGCCAUCAGAGGCCCAGCAGGCUCAGCAGCAGCAACAGGAAUCAGAGCAGUUCAAAGCUCAGCAGAAGCAGUGGAACCAUUAA